GCGGAGUCGACUGCGCGAACGUCUGCGAGCUGAGGGCGGAGUAUAAAAGCACCCCGUCUACGUCAAACCUUCAGCGAUGAUGGACGACGACGUAAAACGGCUCGAAGCUGAGGCUGUCACGCUCCGAAGGGUGGCCUUUGUGGGCGUCGCCAUAUCAACGGUAGCAACAUUGGUCUGUGUGGUUUCUGUGCCAUUGCUCUACAAUUAUAUGCAACAUAUGCAGUCAAUAAUGCAGAGUGAAGUGGACUUCUGCAAAUCACGGUCGGGUAACAUAUGGCGGGAAAUCACUCGUACACAGGUAUUGUCCAAGGUAUCCGUACGAAGGGAUCGUCGUCAGGCCGGCUACUCUUCUGCAGGUGUAGAAGGUGCAAUUGAAACGGCACCACAAGGAGUUUGCUGCGGAUGUGGAGUAUCCCCACAAGGACCACCCGGACCACCUGGUCCCGAUGGCGAACCUGGGGCCGAUGGUGAACCAGGCGCUCCCGGAAAGGACGGCCCUGACGGACCUACCGCUACACCGCCACCACAACACGAGUUCUGCUUCGACUGUCCUGACGGUCCUGCUGGACCUCCUGGAAAUCCAGGACCUAAGGGACCACCUGGACCACCCGGAGCACCUGGAGCCGAUGCUGACGGAGGCAGCCGUGGACCACCUGGACCUCCUGGACCACCCGGACCUCCAGGACCAGACGGACCCCCAGGAAAUGCCGGCGCACCUGGAGCACCUGGAAAACUCACUGAAGUGCCCGGACCCGAAGGACCCGCUGGACCACCCGGACCGCCCGGACCUCCUGGACCAGAAGGACAGCCCGGACCUAAUGGCAACCCUGGACAAGACGGCCCACCCGGACCACCUGGUGAUGACGGUGCUCCUGGAGCACCCGGACAACCAGGACCUGUCGGUCCAGCUGGACCCGACGGUGAUCGUGGACCAAGCGGCGGCUGUGAUCACUGCCCACCACCUCGUACGGCUCCUGGUUAUUAGGCUCACGAAAAAUGAUCGGUCUUAUUGUCCUGCCCUUUCUUCACUGCCAGCUCUAAUGUGUUUAGUUCGUGGAGUGUGUUGUGUUUCAACAUCUCGGGUUGCAUGUGUGGCUGCACCCUUCGUUUUAAACUAUUGAGCCACAUAUCCUAAUCCGAGUUCUAAGCUAUCGAUACAGUUCCGUUUGUAAUCGAUAAUCAUCAUCAGACAUCAGGUAGCGAUCUUUAGCAAAUCACAUUGUGUGUGUGUUCCGGGCGAUGUAUGUAUUGCUUAUGCCUCAAUGCCACUUUCAGGCGAAGUCUUUGAAGCUUCGCCUACGUCGUGACGCGUUCGUUCAACAUGUCCUGGCUUUCGUUUAUUAUAACUAAAUAAACAAUAAAAAUUAUGUGUUU